ACACACCGACGUACAGCAGCAGGCCAGAACAGAUCAGACCAGAACCAGACCAGAACCAGGAUGAGGGAGAUAGUUCACAUCCAGGCAGGACAGUGUGGGAACCAGAUUGGGACAAAGUUUUGGGAGGUGAUCAGCGAUGAACACGGCAUCGACGCAGCAGGAAACUACGCGGGCGACUCAGCACUUCAGCUGGAGCGAGUCAGCGUUUACUACACAGAGGCGUCCUCACAUAAAUAUGUCCCCCGCUCUGUGCUCGUCGACCUGGAGCCAGGAACCAUGGACAGUGUUCGCUCAGGAGCCUUUGGACAACUGUUCAGACCAGACAACUUCAUCUUUGGUCAGACAGGUGCAGGGAACAACUGGGCCAAAGGUCACUAUACGGAGGGGGCGGAGCUCGUGGACUCAGUGCUGGACGUUGUGAGAAAGGAGUGCGAGCACUGCGACUGUCUCCAGGGAUUCCAGCUGACUCACUCACUUGGCGGCGGCACCGGCUCGGGAAUGGGAACGCUGCUGAUCAGCAAGAUCCGGGAGGAAUAUCCGGACCGGAUCAUGAACACCUUCAGCGUGAUGCCGUCGCCUAAGGUGUCGGACACCGUGGUGGAGCCAUACAACGCCACACUGUCGGUCCAUCAGCUCGUGGAAAACACGGACGAGACGUACUGCAUCGACAACGAGGCCCUUUACGACAUCUGCUUCCGCACACUCAAACUGACCACGCCCACCUACGGCGACCUCAACCACCUGGUGUCGGCCACCAUGAGCGGAGUGACGACGUCGCUGCGCUUCCCCGGUCAGCUCAAUGCCGACCUUCGCAAACUGGCCGUGAACAUGGUCCCUUUCCCCCGACUUCACUUCUUCAUGCCAGGGUUCGCGCCUCUGACAGCGCGGGGCAGCCAACAGUACCGUGCCCUCACCGUCCCCGAGCUCACGCAGCAGAUGUUCGACGCCAGGAACAUGAUGGCGGCCUGUGACCCUCGCCACGGGCGCUACCUGACGGUCGCCGCGGUCUUCCGUGGACCCAUGUCCAUGAAGGAGGUGGACGAGCAGAUGCUGAACGUCCAGAACAAGCACAGCAGCUACUUUGUGGAGUGGAUCCCCAACAACGUCAAGGUGGCCGUCUGCGACGUGGCGCCGCGGGGGCUCAAAAUGGCCGCCACCUUCAUCGGCAAUAGCACGGCCAUUCAGGAGUUGUUCAAGAGGAUCUCUGAGCAGUUCUCUGCCAUGUUCCGCCGGAAGGCCUUCCUGCACUGGUUCACCGGCGAGGGCAUGGACGAGAUGGAGUUCACGGAGGCCGAGAGCAACAUGAACGACCUGGUGUCCGAGUACCAGCAGUACCAGGAGGCGACCGCCAACGACGGGGACGACACCUUCGAGGACGAGGACGACGCCGUUGAUGAGUGAGACACACGUGAGGAGGUUGACGUCAGGAAGCCGCGAGAAUCAGUCACUGAGACGCUCGUGAUUUUCUAGUUUUAGUAAUUAAUUCAUUUUAUAAACUCAUUUAGAGCAGACACGAUGAUGAUUGAUCAAUCACUAAAACAAUCCUCAGCGGUUUGGAUGAUCAAUGAACCGUUUUUUCUUUAACAAUUAAAACCAGUUUGUGUGAUUUUUCUGCUUCUUAAACGUGAAUAUUUUUUGUUUGUGAACAAAAACCAGACGUUUCUGACGUUUUCUAUUUGUAAAGUAAAUAAAAGUUUUUAUGACUCAGUGUUUAACAAAUCUAACACUAACCUUAACCUUAACCAGUGAAUGAAGUCAGGUUUAACUCUGACUAACCUGUGACAUGUUUGAUAUUUAAUAAUAAUAAUCGUGAUCAGGAAUGAUGUUGAACGUGAAACACUGAAAUAAACAUGUUCACUGUUCA